CAUAGCCCACACCACUACACUAGUGCCAAGAAUGUCAAUUAUGUUCUCGCUAGAGCUGCGCGUCUCCACAGCACUCGCGCUACUUGUUCUCCUGUACUACUUGUACGUCAGAGCUAGCUGUAAAUCAAAGAACCCAGCUGUAGUGCUGCCCACAAACUGGCCAAUACUGCACAUGUUCCCUUCCUUAGUGGCCAACCUUCACAACUUGCAUGACUAUUUCACCCUCGUCCUUGCUGGGUCAGGCCACAGCUUCAGGGAGCAUGGCCCACCUGGAACCGGGAUGCGGUUCUUCAUCACAUGAGACCCUGCCAACGUCCAGCAUAUCUUCACGACGAACUACACCAACUUUCCCAAGGGCUCGAAGUUUGCUGCUAUCUUCGACAUUAUGGGUGGAAGCCUCUUUACCAUUGACGGUGAGCCAGCUCGUCGGCAGCGCGCCAAAGUCCAGAGCGUGCUCACCAGGCCGCACUCGGUUGCCAGUAUGGCAGCUUGCUGCCAUGACAAGCGUGGACCCUAACCUCCUAUCCAUGUACAUGCCACCCAUGGAAGCCGCGGUCGCCCUAGACACAGUCAUGGAGGUUGCCUUUCUCCGGCUCAUGAUGCCGGCUUCUUGUUGGAAGUCUAUGAGGUGGCUAAAUAUCGGCCCAGAGAGAAAGCUAAAGGCGGCACACACCGUGCUAGGAGAGUUCGUCACGGAGAUGUUGGAGAGGAGGAAGAUAAACACAUGCCCUGUUGGUAAUGACGAGGAAGAAGAGGUUGUGGAUAUUAUAUCUUCCUUCAUCAAUGACCCUGACUAUGCAGACGACGACUUGGGCCAAGCGAUGAUCAUUAGCUAUAUGCUCGCAGCUAGGGACACAGUUGGAACAACCUUGACAUGGCUUUUCUACAACCUCACCCAGAAUCCUGACAUCAUUUCAAUCAUCCGCAAGGAACUCUCACCAGUUGCAUCACGCAAAGUAGCAGCAGGUGCUAGGGCCAUGCUGACCUUUGAGCCAGACGACAUAGAAUCUCUUGUCUAUUUGAGAGCCACGUUGUAUGAAACUCUCAGGUUGUACCCACCAGCACCUCUCGAGAUCAAGAUGGUAGCCGCUGAUGAUAUCUUGCCGAGUGGUCAUAAGGUGCAUGCGGGCGACACCAUCCUUAUUUCUAUCCUCUCCACGCGGAGAAUGAAGAGUGUGUGGGGUAAUGACUGCCUUGACUAUAACCCAAGUAGGUGGCUGACAGAGGAUGGUAACAAUAUAAGGUAUGUGCCAUCUCACAAGUUCUUGGCCUUCAACUCGGGUCCGAGAAUGUGCCUCGGCAAGAACAUCGCGAUUAUGCAGAUGAAGACUGUCAUUGCUGCAGUGUUGUGGAACUUCGAUGUGCAGGUGGUGGAAGGGCAGAGCAUUCAGCCCAAGCCGUCUUGUAUUCUAGAGAUGAAAAAUGGGCUCAUACUUAAGUUGAAGAAGCGAGAUAUGUAACAUGACACUCAUUGUAUGAAAACAUACUUGCAUACCACAAGGACAGUUUACGCUUCCAACAGCCACGUUAUUAUUGAAUAAUAAAGACACCAAUAUAUCAAAGUUUAUCUUUCUUGAUGAAAAACAACCAUCUCGCUGCCAUUUAUUACUCUGUUGUAUAAGACAAGGUAUAAAGGGAUCAAGAUAUGCUUUUUUCCUCCAUUGUAUAACACUAGCUAUCUGGCAUAUACGUUCCUAUGGAAAAUAGAACAUUGAUCAUAUUUUUGCCGAAAAAUAUAUGGAGGGGAACGUUCCCUCGCAUUUCACAUGGCGCAAUGUGACUUUGGCCUUUAAUCACAGGAUUAACUACGUAGGUAUAUGUAUGCAUGUACUUGAUGAUUGAAAGAGCAAGAUAGGACGUGUUUUGUGCACUAAACUGUAUGCCAGAUUCAUUUCCU